AGCUCUCUGGCCCCUCCCCAAAACAAGCUAAACCCUACCAGCAGCGUUUCUGUGGCAUCGGCAGCUUUAAAGGGUCUCUUGGAAAUCAGCACAGCGGUCAGUCAUGCAGUCCUGCAGUUCUGCUCUCCGUGUCCUGAUCUCACUGAUCACUACAUUCAUUACUGUGUCUGAAUCAGCAGAUCCCUCUGUGAAAGUGAAGUUUAAUGAGACGGCCUCUCUGUCCUGCUCUGAGAGAUGUUCUGGUUUGGUCAGAUGGACUGUGUUCACUAAAUCCACUGAUGUUCUGGCUGAGUGUGAUCAGACUUCAUGUAGAUCAGUGAAGGAGGGAUAUCAGAUGAUCCAUGAUCAGUACCUGAAGGGAGAUUUUUCCCUCAUCAUCACUGAAGCUGAUCUCACUAAGAGAGGGAGGUACACGUGUGACUGUGAUGAUAAAGAUCUCUGUGAUGUGAAGCUUCAGAUUGAACCCUUGAACACCAUGGUUCAGAAAAAAUCUGGUGAAUUUCUUGUCCUGGAUUUGGACAUUACAGAGGAAGUGGAGAUGAUUCAUAACAGCACAGAUGCAGCUGGACCAUCCAGUGGUCAGAUCUGUACAGUGAAUGGACGAUCACUACAGUGUAAACCUGAAUACACACAGAGAGCAUCACUCACAUCUGCUUUUGUGCUGAGAGGAGUGACUCCAUCUGAUAGUGGAGUUUAUACUGUAAUGGACAAGAAGAAUGAAGAGGUCAUUCAUAUCUACACAGUGACAAUCGAAGAUGGUGGUGAUGGUUCUGAAGCACUGAGACAGAUUGAUAAGCCUCGAUUCCGCCGCAGUGCUACAUCUGAUGACCAGCCCUGCAGAGACCAGAGAGCCGCUGUGCCAGUGUGGCUGUUUGUCCUCUCCCUCACUGUGUGUGGGGUAUUAUUGUUGGUGAUUGUGUGGAUGUGGAAAAAAAAUCAGCAGCUCCAGAAGAGAUGUGAAGGCAAUGGAAUCAGUAACCAUAAUAGAGAAGAGACGAUGAGGCUGUGAGCCCCACUAAUAAGCAGUGACAGAGGAGAGAUCAUUCCCGGUCUCUGUCUCUGUUUUUUGCUUGCUCCCUUUUAGGGGUGGGCGAUAUGGCAAAAAUAUCGUUUCACAAUUUUUUUUUUUUUUUGCAGGAUCACGAUUCUAUUUCAUGUUGGUUUUAAUACCAUUUUGCAAGUUACUAAACAGUACAACCAAACUAAUCUCCCCAUUUAAAAAUAUAGUAUUAAAAGAAAAAAAGAAUAACAGACCAUUUUGGCCUAACGUGUGUACGCAAUUUUUGCACGUCAA